UCUCCUGAUACUGAGCAGCGUCACGUGGUCUCGUGUGAGACACUUCCUUCCGGGGAACACUGGCUCCGCCCACCCUCUCUGUUUCCUCUUCCUCCUUCUGCCUGAGGGGGAGACUCCUGUGUUUCACGUCAACUCCAUUGUGAUUAUUAUUGCUCAGUACAUGGGGGGAGACAGAACUGGAGUUGCUGCUGUUGUUGUUGCUGCUGCAGAUGGAGAACUACAAGAAGGUGCAAGUGGUGCAGUUGCCGUUGGCUGAGCCAAUCACAGGCCUGGCCCAGGACAUCAUUGAGAUGAAGGUGCAGGAGGGCAGCAAGAUGAGGAACCUGUUGGGCUUUGCCAUUGGGAAGAUGGAGGGGGAGAGCGUGAGGCAGAUGUUGUUCGUUGGCUCGGGCCGAGCUCUGGGCAAGACCAUCUCGUGUGUUGAGAUCAUGAAGCGGAGGCUCCAGCAGCUGCACCAGGUCACCAGGAUCUGUUUCCGGCACACGGAGGAGACGUGGGAGCCCAUUGUACCUGACGUUGGACUCGACCCCCUCACUGUCAGGAGGAACUGCCCCACUAUAUGUGUCCUGCUCAGCAAAGACCCCCUGGAUCCCACCCAACCCGGCUACCAGCCCCCCGGCGCCUGCGACUCCCACUGGAUCCAGGAACUGAGGGAGCAGGAGACCCCCCGGCGCAAGCGCUGGCCCCCCGGCACCACCAGGACUGGGGGGGAGGGGAGGAGACAAUCCAGAGGGACGGGGGGCAGAGGGGGCGCUCACAAAAAAUUCUAACUGUGCCCCCAGGAUUAUAUGGGACUGUCCUGUACCCCCGACCCACCAGCACCCGGGGAGCACAAUGUUAAUGUAUGUUAUUGGGGGCACAAUGUAUGUUGUGGGGGGCACUGUUAUAUUUGAGGAGGUGUCGGGCCAAAGGGAUUCGCUGCUUCUGAUAUAAAACUAAUUUCUGUACAGUCAGUUGAUUCCUGUGAUUUCAUUAAAGGACAAGGAAACCCUGAACUGAA